AUGGACCCGGUCAAGAUUGGAGAUGCCAUCAUGGCAUUCGCUCUCAAUGGUCGAUUUCCAGAAGAUGCCGACACCCUGCCUGCCGUCUCAGAUAUUGACUUGCAACCAGCAAUCGACAGCCUGAACCAGGCAGGGGUACAACUUGAGGGCGAAAUACGUCAAAUAAACGAAGAAACAAAAGGCGAUGUCAGUGUCUGGGCCAAGAAUGCGAAAUCCCUACAGGAAGACAUAAUUCGCUCCAAGACCAUGGCAAACGAAAUUACCCGCCAGUCCGAGGCGCCUGAUGUGUCGGGCGAGGCGAUUCUCGAUGCCGAAGACAAGGUCGAGUUUAUAAGUCGCGAGGUCCAGUACAGCCAGCAGCUGCAGCAAGUCCUGCGCGGCAUCAAGAGAGUAAAUGCGCUGCUUGAUCAAGCCGAGCAGGCGCUUGCUGAGAGGCACGUACUACAAUCUCUAAGCUUUCUAGAAGAGUCCUGGGCCGCUUUAGACACAGUCAAUGCAGCACGGUCAUGUCGCGUGAUGCGACUUCUCGAUGUUCGUGCUUUUGAGCUAAAGUCAUCUACCUACCAAGUCUUCAACCAAAUAUGGAAGUCCAUGGUCAACGUCGAUGUCGACUCGUGCACGAUAACCAUUCGCGACAAAUCCGAAGAUGGCAAAAUGUCCCUUGCCGAUGCUUCGAUCGGUCUCAAAGCAUACAAGGAGGUGGACGAGCGUUUGGAACAGCUGUGGCACAAUCUCAACACAUCCAUCGUCAUGCCACGUAUGGACUACCACGCCACCUCGUUAAGGGGCAUUUCAGCAAAUGCCGACGAGCUCAGCUUCUCUGGACCAACAGACCAUUCCAUUGACAGCCUGCUAACAGACCUCGAGACAAUUUUCUUGUUUGUUGCAAAGAAGCUGCCGGCCGAUUUAUUACCCCAUUUUUCCAGCCAAAUGGUUACGGACGUGAUGCCGAAGCUCAUCGACGAGUGGCUCAACUCUGUCGUUCCCUCUUCCCUUCAGAAUAUGGAUACGUUCCAGAGCGUCAUUCAAAGAACACAACAGUUUUGCGCUGCGUUAAACGACAGCGGAUAUACGGGGCUGGAACGAGUCUCCACGUGGGCUGAAAAGGCACCAAUGACGUGGCUCGGCAAAUGUCGCGACACAGCCCUGGACGGUGUACGGAAGAGGCUCGCUGGUGGCAUUGGAGAUCCCAAGCAGGUUGAGAAGGUUGAGAAGCACAUGGUCACUGUUGCCGAAGGCAAGGAGCUUGCAACCACGGGCGCUGGCGCCGCAGCAGAUACUGCCGAUUGGAAUGAGAACUGGGGCGAUGCUUGGGAGGAGGAUGAGCCAGCAGCAGAGGUAGCGCAAGACUCUGAAGACACGCCGAUGGAAGAUGACGACGGCGCCGACGCCUGGGCUGGUUGGGGCGAGGAUACAGAAGAAACUCAAGAUACUACAAAGGCCGACGCCGUGCCCGGAGACGACGAUGGCGCCGACGCUUGGGGGUGGGGUGACGAUGCAGCUGCUGAGCCGGGCUCAAAGCCGAACUCUGGUGUCAAGUCAAAGCCUGCCAAAGCUGCUCUAAAGCCUAGGCAACAAGCUAAUGAGACACGAGAGCUCAUUCUCAAAGAAACAUACAGCAUCUCCUCCAUGCCAGAGCCUGUGUUGGAGCUAAUUUUCUCGAUACUGGAGGAUGGUAACGCUCUAACCAAGGAGGAUGGAGAGUACAGCCUCGUGGCGGGAACAGCACCUGGUCUCUUUGGCCUUCCAACCUUUGCUCUAGCACUUUUCAGAGCAAUCUCGCCUCAUUACUACUCCCUCGGCGUGGGCGGCAAUAUGUAUUUGUAUAAUGAUGCCAUGUACCUGGCUGAAAAGCUUGGAGAAUUCAGCGCUAAAUGGAAGGAGCGCGAAGACGUGACGCCGCGCGGAAAGGCUAUGCUUCGCCUCGACAACGACAUCAAGACAUUGCAGAACUUUGCGAACCGGAGCUACGCCGCCGAAAUGAGCAUUCAACGGACCGUACUGCAAGAUCUGCUGGGCGACUCCCAAAGCUUGCUCCAGCAGGACGAAAUGGAAGCAGCUGUGGAAGGCGGGACAACCCGCAUACGAACAAUGGCUAGCACCUGGGAGACUAUUCUCGCACGAUCUGUCUGGUCGCAGGCUAUCGGAUCACUUGCGGACACGCUGGCUACACGCCUCAUCGGCGACGUGCUGGACAUGAGCUCCAUUGGCCAGGACGAAGCCUACAGCAUUGCCAAGCUCAUAUCGGUGGCGACUGAGCUGGACGACCUAUUCCUGCCUAGCAAGCUCGGCGACACGGCGCCCACGGAGGAAGAGGUGCCUGCGACGGCGCAGUACGCGCCCAACUGGCUGCGUCUCAAGUACCUCAGCGAGGUGCUGCAAAGCAACCUGAACGAGGUCAAGUAUCUCUGGUGUGACAGCGAGCUGAGUCUCUACUUUACGGCUGAUGAGGUGGUGGAUCUGGUCAAGGCGAGCUUUGAGGAGAAUGCAAGAACGAGGGACACGAUUCGAGAGAUUCGUGCCAAGCAGCCACUUUCCACAUAG